AUGACAGAGCUGGCAGAAACCUACGCUUGCGUUCCCUCCACCGAACGAGGCAGAGGUAUUCUAACCUCCGGUCAUCCUAAAACCAAUAAAAUCCUCUACACAAACAACCGAUCCAUUCUCAUCCUCAACCUUGACAACCCACUUGACGUCUCCGUCUAUGGCGAGCAUGGGUACCAAGCCACCGUCGCACGAUACUCUCCAAAUGGCGAGUGGAUCGCCUCUGCUGAUGUAUCUGGGACUGUCAGGAUCUGGGGUGCUUACAAUGAUCAUGUGUUGAAAAAAGAAUUUAAAGUACUCACCGGUCGGAUAGAUGAUCUUCAGUGGUCCCCUGAUGGGUUGAGGAUCGUUGCAUCUGGGGAUGGAAAAGGGAAAUCUCUUGUUCGUGCUUUUAUGUGGGAUUCAGGGACUAAUGUGGGGGAAUUUGAUGGGCAUUCGAGGCGAGUUUUGAGUUGUGCAUUUAAGCCAACUAGACCAUUUCGAAUUGUGACAUGUGGAGAGGAUUUCUUGGUUAAUUUCUAUGAAGGACCGCCAUUUAAAUUCAAGUCAUCUCACAGGGAUCAUUCAAAUUUUGUCAAUUGUAUACGGUAUUCUCCGGAUGGUAGCAAGUUUAUCAGUGUAAGUUCUGAUAAGAAAGGCAUACUGUUUGACGGAAAGACGGGAGAGAAGAUUGGAGAGUUGUCAUCUGAGGAUGGUCAUAAGGGCAGUAUUUAUGCAGUUAGUUGGAGUCCUGAUAGUAAACAGGUGCUGACAGUAUCUGCCGACAAGUCUGCAAAAGUGUGGGAGAUCUGUGAUGAUGGUAGUGGAAAGUUGACGAAAACUUUGACUUCUUCUGACUCAGGUGGAGUGGAUGAUAUGCUAGUUGGUUGCCUUUGGCAGAAUGAUCAUCUUGUCACUGUUUCUCUUGGUGGCACAGUUAGCAUUUUCUCAGCUGGUGAUCUUGAUAAAAUUCCAUUGCAAAUAUCUGGUCAUAUGAAGAAUGUUACUUCCUUAUCCGUGCUUAAAAAUGUCCCAAAGACUAUCCUGUCCAGCAGCUAUGAUGGUUUGAUAGUUAAAUGGAUUCAAGGCAUUGGAUACAGCAGUAAAUUGCGGAGGAAGGAGAAUUCUCAAAUUAAAUGUUUUGCUGCUGCUGAAGAGGAAAUCAUCACAUCUGGUUUUGAUAAUAAGAUAUGGAGGGUUCGUUUUCUUGGUGAUCAAUGUGGAGAUGCAGAUUCCAUUGACAUUGGCAACCAACCACAGGACAUAAGUCUUGCUCAUCUCUGCUCUGAGCUUGCUUUGGUCGCAAUUGAUUCAGGUGUUGUCAUGCUUCGUGGUACAAAAGUAGUGUCAACCAUGAAUCUUGGCUUUGCUGUGAGAGCAUCUGCAAUUGCACCUGAUGGAAGUGAAGCAAUCAUAGGUGGGCAGGAUGGGAAAUUGCACAUAUAUUCUGUCACAGGUGAUACACUAACAGAAGAAGCAGUCCUUGAGAAACAUCGUGGUGCUGUCAGUGUCAUCCGAUACUCUCCAGAUGUUUCAAUGUUUGCGUCUGGUGAUUUAAAUAGGGAAGCUGUAGUUUGGGAUCGUGUCUCCCGAGAGGUGAAGCUUAAAAACAUGUUGUACCACACUGCCCGCAUAAACUGCCUUGCUUGGUCUCCUGACAGCAGCAUGGUUGCUACUGGAUCGCUUGACACCUGUGUCAUCAUAUAUGAAAUCGACAAGCCAGCAUCUAGUCGGAUGACCAUCAAGGGAGCUCACUUGGGUGGAGUUUAUGGACUAGCUUUUACUGAUGAUCAUAGUGUGGUAAGUUCUGGUGAGGAUGCUUGUGUUCGUGUUUGGAAGUUCGGCAUGGAACGAGAUCAAUCACCCAUGAUAUCUUCACUUGUGGGUUUCCAUGUCUGCUACACGAAAAUCAAUGUAGACAGCUUGACUGAUCAGAAGGAUAAGUUGGAGCUGAAUGAGUGGAUAAGCUCCGAAUGCAGGACAGACCAGCUCUUGAUCUUUAGUUUUAUGGACCAGGGUUACAUCCAAAUCUCACGGGUGUAG